AUGACGUCCAGCUCCAGCAGGAGCAUCAAGAACAUAUGCGUAGUGGGUGCAGGCCAAAUGGGCAUGGGCAUCGGACUAGUUGCCGCCCGCGUAGCCAAACUCAACGUUCAGUUCGUCGACAGCAAUCCGGAUCAAGUCCAGCGUGGUCUCGCCUUCCUCGACAGCCUCCUGAUCAAAGACGUCACCCGCGGGCGCUGCACCGAGGACGAGCGCACCGAGGUUAAAUCCCGGAUCAGCUCAGCCCCAAGCAUCAGCGAAAUGAACACAGCCGAUUUCGUCAUCGAAGCUGUCUCAGAAAACGUCCAACUGAAACGCAAGAUAUUCCGCGAACUCUCUGAGAAACUACCCCAGGAGACCAUCUUGGCGACGAACACAUCGUCAAUUAGUAUUACAAAGAUUGCGUCGGCUGCUAGGUGGCCGGAAAAUGUCGUUGGGAUGCAUUUUAUGAAUCCUGUUCCGGUGAUGAGGCUUGUUGAAAUUAUUCCUGGGCUGCAGACUUCCGGGGACACUCUGGAUGCGACUCUGGAGCUGGCGCAGAGGAUGGGGAAGACCACGACGAUGUCGCAGGAUGUCCCUGGGUUUAUUGCCAACAGACUGCUGAUGCCGUAUAUUAAUGAGGCUAUGGUUGCGCUGCAGGAGGGGAUUGCAACUAGGGAGGAUAUUGACACGACCAUGAAGCUUGGCACAAAUACUCCUAUGGGCCCACUUACGCUGGCUGACUUUAUUGGCUUGGAUACUUGCUUGGCUAUAAUGAAGGUGCUGCAUGAGGAACUGGGUGACUCAAAGUACCGCCCGGCUGUGCUGCUGCAGAAAUACGUCGAUGCUGGGUGGCUGGGCGUCAAGUCUGGCAGGGGCAUUUACGGGUACGAAUCUAAAAAGUGA